AGCGCGUUACCGUGCAUGUGUGAUAUCACGACGUGCCGGCCGACAUCGCCGGACCCACGUGUUGGUGAAGUUAUUGAUGGCCUCAGUGGGCGCAUUAUAACUAGUCCGACUCAACGCAGCGUUCAGUUACUGAUUGUCCGUUACGGGGAGCGCGUGUCGCCUGCGAUUCCGAACCGUUCGAGUCGUUGGAACCAAUGUAGGCAGAUAGUCAGCAAUUAUAGUUCCGAUGACGGCGAGGUGCAUCGGUCACGCCUGGCCGCGGGUGCGUAUGCCUACGUACCUACGACUCGGGCAAUGUUUGUGGCUCCCAAAAUAAACGUGACCGAUGACGAUUUCGGGAAAGGCGUCAUACCAGCCGAUAAUAUCAUCAGAUAUAGCAUGCUGACGAGGUGGUUGGCGCUGGCGCUGGUGGCCGCGUGCUAUCGCGUCGCCGACGCCUGCUCGUGCAUGCCCGCACAUCCACAGACACACUUUUGUAACAGCGAUUUUGUGAUCGUUGGAAGAGUACAAAAAACAUUUCGAGGCAAAGAUUUUUACGACGCAUACAAACUGAAGAUUCGAAACACUUACAAAGCGACGCCGAAAGCGAAGGUGGCCCUACAAUCCGGCCGCUUAUUAUCGCCGUCCCAAGAAUCUUUGUGUGGAGUGGACCUACAGCCGAGGGAGACCUAUGUUAUUACAGGUCGAGUGAUACAUUUAGAAGCUCACAUGCAUUUGUGCAGUUUCGUCAAAAAAUGGCGUGACGUCACACCUCGUCAGAGGAAAGGAUUCCGACUCCUCUACAAACAGGGUUGCACUUGCAAAGUGCACAUGAAUCGGCGGCAAACAAAAUCACCGAACUCUUGCGUGACGGCCUUCGACGAGUGCUACGAGCGACACGGCAUCUGUCUACACGACCGCAAGCGCCGGUGCCACUGGACUAGGGCCCCCGCUCUCACGAGGUGCCUGCAAGCGACGGGAUCCAAUAGCACCAUGACUUGAUUCACCCUCGUCGAUGCACAAGUUCACUUUAAAAUGUACCUUUUCAACAUCUCAUUACGACGUCCUCGCGAAAAAUUACAAAUUCAUUCACACCCAUCGCUAAUUGUAUGCAAACAAAGCAGCUGUUAUACUAAACCAAACAUUAAUUAUGUAACUCUAGACUCAUUUCGACGUUAAGUUAUAUAGGUGUCUGUUGUGUGUGUGAAAUAUGAAGUUCAAUUAGCCCUAUUGGCAGUGAGACGAAUUUAUUGUUUAAAACUAUUUAAAAAUUGUUACUUUGUGAUUUUUCUUUUGGACGCUUCUAAAUUGUUGUUUUGUCUUCUAAGACAAAUAUAGUUAUAACGUUAUUUUUGUAUUAUUUAUUUGUAAGUUAAUGAUUGUAAAUUAACUAAUUAUAGUGAUAUAUAGGUUAAAAUAAAGAAAUUCAAACGGAA